AUGUCUCGCCUGUUGCGCUGUAUGGCCACGUCCGCCGCCCGGCAUGCGGCCGGCCGUCGAUGCCCCGCGCCGGGGGUCCUCCCUGCGGGCCUGCUCCAGGCGCCCAGCCCGCCGGGGCUGCCGGCCGUGGCGAUGCCGGGCUUGCUCCGCACGGCGCCGGUCGCCCGACUGUCCUCCUGUGCCCCGCCCGCGGGCGACGCUCCGGCCCGCUGCUCGGCGACCGGGCUCCUGCUUGUGCCGGAGCCGGAGGAACGCGCGCGCAUGGCCGCGGCGGCGGCCACCGCCGCCGGGCUGGACCCGGUGCAGACGGACUUCUUCCUGCGCCUGGCUGCCGGCGAGCGGGCCGCCCUGGCCCGUGUCAUCACGCAGCUGGAGAGCUCGCGCCCGGUGGACCGCCAGCGGGCGCAUGCCAUUGUCGACGCGGCUGCGCGUCUCACACAAGAGCUGCCGCCGGCCUUCCGCCUGGGCAUCAGCGGUGCCCCGGGCGCCGGCAAGUCCACCCUGAUCGAGGCCCUCGGCCUGCACAUUGUCCGCCGUGGCCUGCGCCUGGCGGUCCUGGCCAUCGACCCGUCCAGCCCGCGGCACGGCGGGUCCAUCCUCGGCGACGCGACUCGCAUGUCCGGCCUGUCGGCGCACCCGCUGGCCUAUGUGCGGCCGAGCCCCACGCGCGGGGCCCUCGGCGGCCUCGGCCCGCGCACCUCCGACGCGGUGACCCUGUGCGAGGCGGCCGGCUACGAUGUGGUCCUCAUCGAGACCGUGGGCGCCGGGCAGAAUGAGGCCCAUGCGGCCGACGCGGUGGAUGUCCUGGCCAUGGCCCUCGGCCCCGGGCAUGGGGAUCGCCUGCAGGCCCUCAAGCGCGGCCUGGCCGAGCUGUCGCACAUCAUCGUGGCCACCAAGGCCGACGGGCAUCUGGCCACGGCGGCCAUGGCGUCGGCUUCCGAUGCGGCGGCUGCGCUGGAAAUCUCCGGCCGGGUGGAGCGCCACGGGGCGUGCUCCGGGGCCGACAUGGACGCCGGGCCGGCCGACGCCGGCCGGCCCUUCGACCCCCGGCCGCCGGUGGAGCCGCCCCUGCCGCCCAUCGGCAGCCCGGAGGCCGGCUCCAUUGUCCUGCCGCCGCUGCCGCUGCCCGGGGACCAUUCCCCCUGGAAGCGCGUGCCCGUGGUCACGGUCUCCUCCGUGCGCUACCACUCGGACUAUGCCUCGCGGCUGAGCGACAGCGACGGCGCGGCCGCCGCGCACGCGGCCGCCCAGCAGCCCGGCCCGGCCGGCCCCACGGCCGGCCCGCAGGUCAGCCCCCUGGAUCGGCCCGGGACUUUCGCCGGGCCGCCGAAGAACCGCGUCGACGAGUUCGGCGUGGCCACCCCGUCGGCCGGCCUGUCCGACGCCGAUGGCGGCAUCUCCCGGCUGUGGAGUACCCUCGGCCAGCUGCGCGCCGAGCUGAUGGUUGGCCACCGCCUGGCCGAGCGCCGCGCGGCCCAGCGCGAGCGUGUCUUUUGGCGCGAGGUUGUCGACGGUGUCGCCGUGGCGAUGGUGGCCGGCCCCCGGGCAGCCGGUCCCCGGCCGGGUAGUCCCUUUGGCUCUGGGGCCUCGUCCCUUUCGGCCGGACCCGGGACCGGUGCCGAGCCGUCGCCCUUCUCCCCAAGCAAUGCGGCCAUCGCGGCGGUAAGCUCCGGUCCGGCUGCCUUCGGGGCCUUCGGCUCGGCGCCGCAAGCCCCGGCCGCGGCUCUGCCAGGCAGCUCGACCGGCCCGCCGGCCAUGGUCCCCGCCCCGGCAGCCACGCAGGCCCCCCCGUCCUCAUCGCCUCCCCCCCCGGUCCAACGGGUGCAACUCCACUUCCAGCCCAGAAGCCCGAGCCUUCCCGCUCCUGCCGUUGCUCCGGCAGUCAGUUCGCCCACCGGGACUCCUGCUGCUGCUGCUGCCGCCCCUGCUGCUUCUCUCAGGCCGGGCGCCACUGCAUCGCCGGCGGCCACCACCUCAUCACAGCGGAUCCCACCGCCAGCCUUGCCCCACCGGCACCCGACUUCGGGCCGGCCGGCGGCCACCGACGGCAUGGCCGGCCUUUCGCUGGAGCAGAUGCCGCAGCUCAGUAACUUCGAGAUCCCGCUGGCCCUCUUCUCGCCGGCCGGGCAGCUCAACGCCCGGACAUACGACCAGGCCAUGGAGACCUACUCCCGGUCGGCGGCCGGGAAGGUGAGCUGCGACCCGCGCACCCUGCGCGGGCUGGCCCUCUCGGCCGAUUAUCUGUCCUCGUGCGUGGUGGAUCUGCCGGUCACCGUGCGUCCAGGCCAGCAGCAGGAGCUCCUGAUCAACGGGCCGGCCGGCCCGCUGGAGCACCUGCCUCCGGCCGAUGACCUGGCCAUCACGGCCCGCUCGCUGCCCUUCAACAUGGCGGCCCCGGGCAACCCGUACCUCCCGCCGGGGACCCCCCCGGCCGAGGUGGACUCCCUGCUGGCCCGGUGCAACUUCUACCUGGUGGAGUUCCUGGACUAUGUGUUCUAUCGCGUCCGGGCCCUGGUCAAUGCCCUCAUCCACACGCAGGUGCCCUGCACCAACUGCCCGCCCGGCGGGGGCUCCUCCCUGGCUCAGACCCGGGGCAGCCUGGCCGUCACCAUCCCGGCCCUCGAACGGGCCACCCGCAUCCUGGUCCUGGUGUUCCACCUGUCGCAGACGCCCUCCAUCGAGCCGACCCUGACGGCCGACCGGUCCAAGAUCAAUUCCCUCCUGUCCUCCUCGCUGGCGCAGCUGGACGACUGGUAUGCCGCCUACCGGACGCUGGUCAGUGGCGAGGGCCGUGUGGCGGCCGAUGACGACCCGCUGCUCCGCUGUGAGGGCGAGUUCAAGGCCCUUCUGAUCCUCUACGGCCUGCCCGAUAACAUCAUCCCCCUGGUGCCGGAUCGGCUGCUUUCCCACCCGCUGGUCAAGCGGUCCAUUGCCUUCACCUACGCCCAGGCGGCCGGCGAUGCGGCUUCCAUGCUCAACCACUUCCGCGCGGCGCCCUACUUCCAGGCGGUGCUGAUGAUGCGUUUCCUGCCACGCGCGCGCUUCGACCACCUGCGCACCCUCAGCCACUUCCUCAGCCGCUGUCGCAGCAACGGUCCGAGUGACGUCGCCAUCAAUACCACCUCCCCCCUGCCGAGCUUCUACGGCCAGCAGCCCGCCCCCAAGGUGACCCUCAUUCCGGUGGAGGUGCUGGCCGGGUUCUACUGCUUCGCCAGCCCGGCCGAGUGCUGCCACUUCCUGGCCACUCUCGGCUACACCAUUCGGCGGGUUUCCCCGGCGGACGCCAGUGCCAUGACCCUGCCGGCCAUCAUCCCGGCGGACUUCCUCCCGGCCACGUAUUCCGGCUUGGUGGCGGAAAUCCCCCAGCUGCAGGUUGUUUAUACCCCAGGCCCCACUCUGGCCAAUAUGAGGUCCUGGCACACCUCGACCACCAUGGGCCUGCUCCAGGCCCAGCCGCUGUCGGUGCUGAUCGAGGGCCAGUCCAUCCGGUCGCUGCCGGUCGCCCCGCCGGCCAUCGACGAUCCGACCAUCCGGCCGGAGCCCUAUGUCCCGGCGUCGGAAAAUGCCCCCAGGCCCGAGCGUGCCAGCAGGUCCCGCCGCUUGGGGGGGCUCACUCUGCCGGACGGGGACCCGCCCGGCGGCGGUGCGGCCCUGGCAGGCGCCUCCGCCACCGGGCCCGCGCCCCCGGCCGCCAACGUGCGCACCCUGUCCCAAAAGUUCCGCCAGCAAAUCCCGCCACACGCUGGGUCAUCGGCAGGCACCGUGUCGUCGCGCCGGGAGCCCGCCUCUACCUCGACCACCGGGGCCCAGCCGCCGGCCCCCUUCAGCCCGGGUGACACGCCGUUUGGCAGCAGCAGCAGCAGCAGCAGCAGCAGCAGCAGCAGCAGCAGCAGCAGCAUGCCCAUGGCCCGGCCCUCGGCGGGGGCCGGCUCGCCGGAGCUGGGCACCACCUUGUCGCCCUUUUCCGUUGGGCCGGGCAGCCCGGGCCCGGCGGCCGCCAUGGCCCCGGUCAAGGCCGAAGCACCCAGCCCCUUUGUCUUUGGCUCCGGCCCAGGCAUCAAGGCUCCCGUCGCAUCGAGCCCCGCAUUUCCCCCGGCCCCCGCGGCCGCACCGCCCGGCCCCUCCGCCAGCUCCGCGACGCCGGCCACCCGGGCGCCCUUUUUGGCUCCCACCGCCGUCGUCGCCGCCGCCGCCGCCGCCGCCGGCGGCCCGGUGGCAUCCUUCAUGCCCGAGCUGCCGGCCGCCCGCCAGACUCAGCCGGCUGCCCGGCCGACUGCCGGCCCCGACUCGGCUGCCUCGCAUCCAUUUGGCUUUGGCCCCGCCCCGGUGACGGCCUCGGCCACGGGGUUCGUCUUCGCGCCGCAGCCGGCCACCGCGCGUACCGACCGGCCGCCCACCCUCCAGCCACAGCCGCAGCUACAGCAGCCGCAGUUGCAGCCGCGGCCCCCGUUGCCACGGUCCCAGCCGCCUGAGGCGCACUCGCAGCCGCCGGCCCGGCAGCCGAAGCGCCCGAUCGCGGAAUCGCCCCGGCCGGAGGACGACACCCCGCCGGGGGAAUUCCUCUUCCGCCGGCGGGGCCCGGCUGCCUCGGCGCCAGCGCCCCCGCCCCCGAAGGAGCCAGCCCUGUCGCCGGAGGAGCUGGCGGCGUAUCGCGCGCGGGCGCUGGCCGCCCGGCGCGACGUGCUGGCCCGGCGAGCCGUGCGCCAGUGGCGCGCCCUCGUCCGGCAGCGGCGCCUCCUCCGCCGGUCCCUUGAUGCCUGGGCCCGGGCCAUCGCCCGGCGUCGGGCCUUGGCCGCCCGGGUGCUGGCCCAGUGGCGGGCCUUUGUCGAGUUUGCCGCCUGGCGCCGGGACCGAGCCCUGUCCACGAUGCAGGCCUGCGCGGCGGGCCCGGCCCCGCUGCACUUCGCCCGGGCGGCCGCCCACCUCCGUCCAUCCGCGCGGGGCGCCGCCGCCGCCGCCGCCGCCGCCGCCCCUGCCACUCUGGACUUUGGGGACCUGCUCCUGCACACUCCCCUCGGCGCACGCCUCCUCCAGCUUCAAACCCCAGCAGCGCCGGCCCCUCCGGCGCUGACCGCCACCCAGCGCCGCCUAUUGGCCGCCGGCGCGGCCGACCCGCUUGCCACGCCCCCGGCACACGCCUUCACCCUGCUCGACAUGCUGCUGAAGCUCUUCGACCGGGUCCGGCUCCCGGCGGCCCUGGGGCCGCAGCUGUCGGGCCCCGCGCCCCGGGCCCACGACCCGGCCCUCGUCGCCGAGGCCUCAUGGGGCGAUCUCGGCCGUGCGGUUCUCAUCCGCAUGGUUCGCCUGCUGCGGAGCACCCUGCGCGCCCUGGCAUUCGAGGACCACCUCCUGUCGCCGGAGGCCAGGUCGCUGUUGCGCGGCGACGCCGAGUCCAUCCUCCCGUUUUUGUACUUUGACGGGCCCGGCGAGGUCUUUGACAGCCGGGAGAGUCCGAUCUCGGCCACCCUGCUGCUGGAGCGCACCGCCUCGAUCCAACGCUGCACGAUCAACGCCACGGUGCUCCUGUCCCACCAAGUGGAGGUCCUCCGCCUGGGGACCAAGUCGCUGCUGGCGGCCGACAUGCUGACUACCGGCCGGGGCGCGGCGGAUCGGCUCCGGCGCGAGGCGCUCCCCGCCCGGGCAGCCUGCCAGCGCCUGCUGACCGACGCCGCGGCCGCCGGAGCCGUCUUCCCCUUCCUGCAGUACAUGUAUCUCCUGCUGGAGUACACGGCCCUUGGGGACAUUGCCCUCCGGUCGCCGGACGUCCAUGGCCCCCUCGCGGCUGGGGAUGCGGAAAAGUGCCUGCUCAACAAUCUGGCCCACAUGUUCCUCACACACCCGGCCCUGGGGCCCAUGCUGGCCGAUGUGCGCGAUGCCGUUCGGCGCUUGUAUGCGGCCUCGGGCCCCAGGCCCCGGGCCGGCCCGUCGACCCGCGCGCGGCCCUCCCACGGGCCCGAGCACCCGGAUCCGAAGCGCGCGCGGUGCGCACCGUCUGCCCCGGCAGGCGAGGUCGCCGGGACAUUCGCCCAGCCCUCCGAGCCCUGGGCCCGGCCCCUGGCCGCCGGGCCGCCGGGCCCGGUUUGCACCCCCUCCUCAGCGGCGCGUCUCAUCGACCGGGCCCGGAGCCUCUUCCUCUGAUUGACUGGGCCUUGCCCUGCCGGAGCCCGCCGCGCCUGCCCACUCUCUUCACAUAGACCUUGCUGCCAGCCCAGACCGGAGCACGCCCGCACACCGGCGCGGGGCAUUCGCGCCCACACCCAUGUAUACACAAGCACAUGAAUACAGUUGCGCGUCCCUGCACACAAGUACACAUACACACAUACGCACGCACGCACACA